ACAGGAAGUCGGAAUGAAGUGUGAAAUGGUUUGCUGGAGUCCUGCUUGAAGGAGGGUUUGUUUAGAUAACAGCUGAGAGCAGGGCUGCAGGACGGUAAGACUGCUGCUGAAAGCUGUAUCUCAGUGGAAACCACUCAGUGUAAUGAUGGACAGGUUUGUGGUGGUGAACAAGUUGGAGAAUCCUAGGAAUGGCAGGUUGGAUCUAAAGGAGAAGAUAGAGGACCCGGAGGGUGUGAGUGAUGGAGAAGCAGAGAGUCCCAGGAAGAAACUGAAAAGAAACCAGUCAGAAGGAGCUGAAGGAUGUCUAGUGCCAUCCUUGGCCCAGCAGGAAUCAGUGAGAGAUGUCACUGUGUUCUGGAAGCAUCUCCGAGCCGAGGGACUGAACUGUGACUACACCAAACUGUUUACCAGAUCUCAGGCUGAUGAUAUAUUCCUGGAAUUGGAGAAAACGCUGGAGUAUUUUUCAGGUGAUCUGACUAAAGUUCAGGUGUUUGGGAAAUGGCACAAUAUUCCACGCAGACAGGUGACCUACGGAGACCCUGGUUUGACCUACAGAUAUUCAGGGGUGACCUUGUCCCCUAAGCCUUGGACUCCUGUGCUGGAGAAGAUAAGGGAGAGAGUGACACAGGUGACUGGGCACACAUUCAACUUUGUGCUGGUGAACAGGUACAAGGAUGGGAGUGACCACAUAGGUGAGCAUCGGGAUGAUGAGAAGGAACUGGAGCCUCGCAGCCCCAUCGCGUCUGUUUCCUUUGGCGCCUGCAGGGACUUCAUCUUCCGCCAUCGAGAUGCGCGGGGGAAGAGCCCAAUGCGUCGCCUGGAACCAGUGAAGUUGCUUCUGGGUCACGGCAGCUUACUGAUGAUGAACUACCCGACCAACGUCUACUGGUAUCACAGCCUACCGGUCCGCAAGAAGGUGCUGAUGCCUAGGAUUAACCUGACCUUCCGCAUGGUUCUGCCCUCGCUGAAGGACUAAACACUCAGCUGGCAGGCUUCACUGGCAUGCUGGGGAGGUUGGUUUGGGCACAGUUCUGCAGUCGU